CCUCAAGCUAUCACCACCAGCUGGCAUUCAAUGUUCUUGGUUUACAACAGUGCAGACUGCUCAGCGAAAAUUCCUUCAACAAAUUACAGUCAGGCUUUGAAUUUAUUUUCAUCUUCACUGCAAUCUCUUUACGAGGAAGAGGACAGCGGUCUCAUAGAACAGCACUCAGAUCUGAAGCACUCCCCGAAUAUCAUUUUAAAUCCAAAGAAAUACAAAAAAUUAUCUUUUAACAAAAAAUUACAACAGCUUCUUUGUGAAGACCUCACCGUUGACGGUUGGGUUGACAAGGACAUAGAUCCAUCCGAUAUUAAGAUCAAGCGUAUAACAGGCGCCCUCACAAAUUCUGUUUUCUUUGUUAGCUACGAUGGUGCACCAACUGUUCUUUUACGUGUCUAUGGCCCGUCGUCCACUUUACUUAUAUCGCGCCCUCGAGAAAUGCACAUCUUGAACACUCUAUCUAGACAUUACAAUUUGGGCCCAAAGAUUUAUGGUACAUUUGCGAAUGGUAGAGUAGAAGAAUGGUUCAGUAGUCGCCCAUGUUCUAAGGAUGAUAUACGCUCGGACCUCAAAAUAGACAUUGCGAAGCGUAUGAGAGAACUUCAUCAGGUGGAUUUGAAGAAAAUGAACGUAGUUGGUCCAGUCGCACCUGGUUACAAUGAACGCUCGACUAGUUAUGGUGUUUGGGAUAAUAUAUCGUCUUGGCUUACACCAGCUUCAGUCGUUUUGAAGAGACUUUCAAGGGUUAAAUUUCCAGAGAGUCAUAAUUAUUAUAAUCUUGUUGAAUCCAUCAACUUACCCCUUCUUAUUCAAGAAUUUAACGCAUAUGAAGACUUUUUAAGAGAAUACGAGGAAAUAAAUGGUGCUUCGCCUUUAGUAUUCUGUCACAAUGAUACUCAACCCGGAAAUAUACUAUUAUUAGAUCGCAGACCAGUAGACAAGCCUAGCCAUCAUAAAAUUUGUGUUAUUGAUUUCGAAUAUGCUGCACCAAAUGCACGCGGAUAUGAUAUUGCCAAUCACUUUACGGAGUGGAGAUACGAUUAUCACCACGAAACACUCUCCUGGAAACCCCUCUUGAGCUACCCAUCUGAGGAAGAUAGACGUGGGUUCUACGAUGCCUAUGUAGUUGACUCCGAAAAACAACAACCCGGAUGGUUUGAACGUUUGGAGAUGGAACGCAAAACGUGGUCACCUGCUAGUCUAGCUAUGUGGGGUAUUUGGGCAAUUGUACAAUCGAGAGAUCAAGUGAAAGCAAUGGGUAGUAAAUUCGGCACAACCGUAUCUAGCUUACAUACAUCAACGGGUGCUGAUAUGGCUGUAAAUCUCGAAGAGAGAACUUCUGCUGUCGUACUCGAUGACAGCUCAAGCGAUGAAGAAGCCCCUGCACAAGAAGGUGGUGAUGACUUUGAAUAUCUUCUUUAUGCAAAGGCCAAGAUUGAUGCCUUUAGAGAGGAGUAUUAUAACCUUAAAGAGGAAUGUCCACUAAAGAGGCCUUCAAAUUAGAUUUUUUCAUAUACACAUACUACCCUCAUUUGUACUAUUUAUAUCAAUUUAAUAUACCUAAUACACAAAUGUUGUUCACAAUAUAACAAAUAAAUCACUAAAUACAAUAAUCUAAUUUACUUUCAUUUU